AUGCCAACUGUGCAAAAGGAGUAUUACAGAUGGAUUGCCUCUUGCAAGCUUACAAACCGAAGGGAUUCUACGCAAGUACGUUACUUUAAAGAAGACCUGUCACGCGCAAUUAAAUGGCUGCGCGAUAAUAAUAUUACGGUCAUCAAAGCUGAUAAGACCAAAAUGUUGGUCUUAAUGAAAAGGAACACGUAUGAAAAAGAGAUGCAAGAAUACAUUAAGGAUACGAGAUGCGUCGUACAACCAAACAACGUUAUUGACAAACUACACAAUAAGAUCAAACGCUUCUCUAACUCUAAACUGGCUUCUACGUUAGGAAUGCGGGAUAUUGUAAUGGACGCACCUGAUACGCCCAAACUUUUCGCGUUUGCUAAAACGCAUAAGCAGGGCCACAAAUUGAGACCUGUGGUAGAUAAGGCCACGGCCCCCACUCGCAAGUUGGAAGCAUUCAUGCACGAUCUCAUCUCUCCUAAGUUACAGGAUUACCAAUACACAAUCUCCAAUCCGGUUGAAUUAAUAGCUUGCCUCAAAAACUCCGAAAAGCCUGCGUACAUCUCUGUUAUGGAUUUCCGUGCUUUAUAUCCUUCCAUCCAAUUACCAUUAUGUUUUUGCGCACUCAGGGAUUUUCUAUUCUGUAACGUUUAUAACCAGGAGUUACACCAGCAAGUACUUGAACUAGCACAUUUGAUCUGCUACAGCUCUAUUUUUCAUUUCGGUGGAACCACAUAUGCGCAGGGCAGAGGAGUGCCUAUGGGAAGUGCAGUCUCAGGCGACCUUUGUGAACUGGUAAUAAGACAGCUGGAAGAUAAAACAAUUCCUGGUUUCUCCCACAACAUCUUAGUAUACAAACGAUACAUAGACGACAUCAUUAUUUUGUGGAAAAACGACCCAGACAUCACCCACUUUAUUAAUCAGAUGAACGACAAUCCGUAUGACCUUACCAUAGAGCUGGAACAACAUAGUGAUAAGGAGGUACAUUUUCUUGAUUUGAGCAUUACGUUUGGAGGAGACACCUUGGAAACUUCUGUAUACCGCAAAGCUUGUCACUUUCCAAUGUAUAUCCCAGCGAACUCCUGUGACCCAUUCAGAUAUAAAAUGGCGGCCUUUAAAGCACUGGUUAAGAGGGCCCACACCCAUUCUUCAACUCAGGAGGCAUUAGUUCAAGAAUUGAACUAUAUACUUAACAUCGCCGGUCAGCAGGGAUUCUAUAACAUGGUCCAUAAGUUAGCCCGACAUUACAGCGUCGGCCUACCACCGCCACAGAAGGGGAAUAGUAUAGAACAAGACCAACCCAUCACAAUAGUCACAUACAACCCCUUCCUCGUAUCCUUAUACCAAAAAAUCGCUAAAAAACAAGGAUUACGACUGUCGUUCAGAAGAUGUCCGUCUAUGUUUAAGCUUUUACGCAAUGAAAAAGAUAAACCUAAGGAGGAUAAGCUGCCAGGGGUAUACGCUGUUCCCCUCGUGGACCACAGAUUUGAGAGACAACUUAUCUACAUUGGUGCUACUAAGCGUUCGAUUGGUGUCCGAUGGGCGGAACACAGAAGUGACAUCAUCCACAACAGGGCUACUACUUCGUUAUCCACGUAUGCUUCGGACCCGGAAAUUUCGGUAGACUUUGAUAACGCUAAACUCCUCAUUACCACUAAAUUUACGGAUCACAUCAAAUGGUUGGAACAAAUGGAGAUCUGCAAGGCAUACAACACGGCUGAACCUAUUAACUCGAGGGAUGAAAUUACCCUAUCACUUGCAUGGCAGGCUCUAUUACAGAAAGAAGAUACGCAUUAA